CUGUGGCCCGCUUGCUUCCCUACAAUUCUCGGAAAUUCAGAAGCGAAGCUUUUUUGGGGCUUCCUCUCUCCUUCAUUUCCCUUCCUCCUCCUCCUCCUCCUCACCGGAAUCUGAAAAUCUACGGCCAUCUCCGUCCGAUCUUCGCCGCCGCUCCUCUCCGUCGCCAUCAGCUGUCGUCGCCUCUUCGUGCUCCGAUCUUGUCAUCACUCGCUCUUCUUCGCCUCGCUCUCCCUCUUCCUCGUCUCUCCUCCUUCGCUCUCCGCGUCCGUCUGUGCUGCUCGUCGGCGCUCUGCCCUCCGAUCUGUGCCGCUCUCGCGCUGCUCGCCUGUGCUGCUCGUUGCCUCUCCGUCGUGUCGCGACCUUCGUCUUCGUCGUCGUCGUCGUGGUGAUCUGCUCCGUUGCCUCUGCUCGUUGAAUCUCGUCGCGAUCUGUAGAUUUUGCAAAGAUGUCUGGUCAGAGCCAGCGGUUGAAUGUAGUUCCUACUGUCACAAUGCUUGGAAUUAUGAAGGCUCGCCUUGUUGGUGCUACAAGAGGCCAUGCUCUACUCAAGAAGAAGAGUGAUGCUUUAACUGUGCAGUUCCGUCAGAUCCUAAAGAAUAUUGUAUCCACAAAGGAAUCGAUGGGGGACAUCAUGAAAGCAUCCUCAUUUGCCCUGACUGAGGCCAAGUAUGUUGCUGGCGAGAAUGUCAAGCACGUUGUUCUGGAAAACGUCCAGAAUGCUUCUUUGAAAGUCCGAUCCCGACAAGAGAAUGUGGCUGGUGUGAAGCUUCCUAAAUUCGAAUAUUUUACUGAUGGGGAGACCAAGAAUGACCUGACCGGAUUGGCCAGAGGUGGUCAACAAGUUCAGCUUUGUCGGGCUGCUUAUGUGAAAGCCAUUGAGGUUCUCGUUGAGCUUGCUUCGCUGCAAACAUCAUUCCUGACUCUUGAUGAGGCUAUUAAGACCACCAAUCGUAGAGUGAAUGCGCUGGAGAAUGUUGUGAAACCCAGGUUGGAGAACACAAUAAGUUAUAUCAAGGGCGAGUUGGAUGAACUCGAGAGGGAAGAUUUUUUUAGGCUGAAGAAGAUUCAGGGAUACAAGAAGAGAGAGGUAGAGAAACAGCUUGCAUCUGCCAAGAGAUUUGCGGAAGAACAGUUUGCUGAGAAGGUUUCCUUGCAAAAAGGCGUUUCACUUAAUACGGCCCACAACUUGUUAUCGGCAGCAAUGGAGAAGGAUGAGGAUAUCAUUUUCUGAUUUGCCUGUGUUUCUCAGGUAUUUGAUUCGGCUUUGCUGAUUGUCUUGUCUUGAAAAUUUCCCAAAGCGGCCAUGGAUUAAAGCUUUCUCCAUAUUAAUCUUCGUUUGGGCGUCUUCUCCUUGAUUUGUUGAUUUAAAAGCCUCAUCAUGUCAAGUCUGUAGUAUUUGUUCAUCUAGUGGCUUUAUCUAUUAGUUCGCUGCGAAGCUGUACUUAAUCAGAUCCAUUCUCCAUCAAUAAUUUAUGUCAUGGUAUCGAUUUUUCCUGUC